ACCGCCCUCGGAAAAUCGGGGUAUCGCUCGCCAACCGAUUUGGAGUCGCCAUCGACCAUAUUUUGGGGUGGGUCGAACACCCUUUUCCGGUUUUAAUUUUUUUUUGUUAAAACCAGAAUUCUGGUCUGCGAAUUUUAGAUUGUUCUAGGUUCGGGAGUAUGGUUACGUGUGGGGAAUUGUAUUCACACCCCACAAUGUCCCAUAAACGGGUACUACGUAAAUCGAUAAGUUUUUUAAAGGUUGGGUGUUUCAUUAUUUGCGGCUUUAUUGAUGUAUUUAAUUUUAUGAUUUAAGUUAAUUAGGUGUUUAGUAUUACAAUUCGAUCAUACGUCUAUUGACGUAAAUCUCGAACGUAAAGAAAAAGUUUUUAAAUUAGUUGGACUCGAAGCUAUUGGUUGCCUACGUACCCGAGUAGUCGGGAUCAAAGUCCCCGUAGUUCGUUUUUUAAAAUGAACGAUUCUGAAAGUGAAAACCUAGCACAUUCUAUUGAUCGUGCCUGAGGUUUUCAUGAGGAAAUGUGUUUUGAUUUUGUAAUUGGGUGAUCGAUGAAUUUGAAGGAAUUCCAACUUAUGAAAUCAUUGGGGUCUAUUGACUAUGAUUUCGUAUUAAGAGAUUUUAUUUUGUGUAAGAAUUGUUAAGGGUUUUUUCUAUAAAAAACGUGUGUUAUUAAUGAGGAUGCUCUAAAAUUUGGAAAAUGAUAAAACGUUUUAAUGUUUAGAAUGCUUUAAAUAGCUGUAGUUAAUAAGCCAAACCAAAAAUGUAGUUAAUUGCAGUUGAUAUAAGUUUGAAUAUUAAGCUAAAUUGCGGAGGAAAUAAGAAGCAGAAAAAAUUAGCUGUAAUAGGCAGUUGUCUUAUGGUUUACUGUGCAGAUUCGAUAUACCGAAACGCAGAAGAGACAAGUUUUAUUUUGUGUUUCGUUUUGCAGGAGAGAUGAGUGGCAGCGGGUAGUUUUAAAGGGAACUGAGGAGUAUUUUAGUCAAAUUCCAUAUCAGCUAUGUUAGAACUAACCAGAAAACCCUUACCCAUUCUUGUUUAACCCGAGCCGCCCUGAAAUUUCAUUUACUACCCUUUCCUCUCCUUCCUUGAGGAACCAAACAGAACCAGAGAGAAAAAUCGAAGUGAAUCCUAUCCUACCUUCUCCCUCUCGCCAUUCUCAAUCCGAUCUCUCGCGCUUUCCUUUCAACAGACCAGCGAGCAUAGACAGGAAAGAAAGGGAAGCUGGUUCCUUCUCUAUCUCGAUUCACAACCUCUCUCUCCCCCUUUCUGGAAUAAACAAGGAGAAAGAGAACGACGAUGGCGUCGGCGUCAGUGGGAACUGACGGCACUGGUUGCCGAUGACGAUGAUGACUGUGGCGACAAAGCUUGUUUUCUGGGUUUCGAUUCCUGAGGAUACAAAUGCCGAGAAAAGGGAAUGGAGGAAGACCGAUGACAUCGCCACCGAAAACGGUUUGGUGAUCGAUGACGAUAGCCACGGCGACCCUACUAACAGUCUCCCAAAUCGGAGAACAAGCGACGAUUUAGGUAAACCCGACACAAAUGUUUAUUCUUCUGCUUGUUUAGUAUUUUGAUUUUUGUUUUCUUUCAUUUGCAGGUUUUAAUUAAAAAGCCUAGGUGAUAUUUCUCCCAAACUUCUUUUCUUGAUUAAGUUUACAAGUUUAUUUGGAUUAGGAUGUCUUGAUCUUCAAUGGUUAGUUGUCACUGCUGAUUUAUGCUUCUGAGUUUUUGUCGAAAAGAUCAGGGCUGGGUAUAGAUGUAGAGGAGAGCCCUUGGAAUAAAACAAAAGAAAGAACAGGAGCAUGGUUUCUGAUUUUCUAGGUUAAGCCUUUUUGUUUGUUUAUUACAGUCUCUGAAAUCUGUGUUUUGGUUGCCAUGGGUUUAGAUAUAAAUCUGGUAGCUAAAGUGACUAAGAAGAACCAGAAUAAACUAAAGCCACAGUUGCAAACAAAUAGUAGAUCUGAACACAACAACAGAGAGCAUCCACAAGCAUCAUCAUCUUUAUUUGAAAAACUCAGUUUUGAUCAUUUGAUUAGGUGGGUUUCGAAAGGUUUAUGUUGGGGUUAAUAUUGGGUUUUGUGAAUCUGAUAUAGUUUUGAAACUGGGACUUGUACGUGUGAUAUGGGUUUGAGUUCUUAAAUCUUGUGGUGUUCAUGGUGAUUUGAUUGUGGGUUGGGGAAACUGGGUUCAUUUGUGGUUAUGAAUACUGGAAUUGGAUUGUGGAUUUCGAAAUUGGAAGUUUGGUGGUAAUUCUGUGUGGGUUUGAUUGUGUGAGGAUAACCGGGUUUUGAGAUUGAAAUUAUGUGUUUUGUAUGAUGGAUUAUGGUAAAUAAAUAUACAAAGCGAUUAAAGCAAGAAAGGAAACAAAUAUUCCAUUAGAUUGGGCUUUCACUUGUAAAACAUGGAAAUAUAAACUAACAAGAUAAAAUAAAUAUAGACAGCAAGUAGGGGAGCCUUAAAAGGAAAACAAUAAAUAUAAUUUUGUCUAUUGCUUUGCUAUUAUGUUAACUUUGCCAUCUUGUAAGUUGUUUGGAGUUAGAUUUGUGAUGGAAGAACGAUGGUGAUAUUUUUUCACCUUUUCUUGGAUGAUUGAUGAAGGGGAUAAGCUGUUGUUUCCUCUUCUCUGGUCUGGUUGUGGUGUUGACUAGAGAAGUGAAAGUGAUAACUUUUUAGAGCUUCUCCUGUCUGUUUCUUGUUUCUCUUCUCCUUAUGUGUGGUAGUGUGGUUUCUUUUCCUACCUCGACUCUUUGUGUAUCUUUAGCGAGGGAAGAGAAAGAAGAGGAGGUGAAAAGAAGAAGAGUUCUAUGGGGAAAUGGAAGAGAAGAAGAAGAGCUGACCCUUCUUCUGUUUUUUUGCAGAGUUUCGUUUGGAUGAAGUAGUUUGGAUGAAGUAGAAGUGGCCAGGUUGAAGAAGAACAACAAGGAAAAUGGAUCGGCCCCUCUAUUUCUUGUCCUCCUGUUCGUGAGGAAGAAGAAAGAAGAAAGGUAGUAUUUUUUGUUCAGGGGGAGGAAGAAACAAGAAAGAAUAAGAAGUGGCUACUCUGUUUUUGGCAGCUUUUUGCCGUCUGUGAAUAAGGAAAGAGGAAGACUGAAGUCGAUCGCCCCUCUCCUCUUAGCCUCCAAGACCUCUCUUUUAUAACAGGAUAGUUCACUGUAGCGCCACAGUAGGGUAGGCUUGUGUAUUUUUCUGAUUGGCUAGUAGGGUAGGUUAGUUGUAUUUUUGUGAUUGGUUGAGGAUUGGGCUGGGCCUGUGCCUGGUUGAACCAGUCCAGUUCGACCCGGAUUGGAUCUAGCCCGAUUAUGACUGGGCUUGGACUUUUGGGUUUGGUUGAGUGUGAUAUGGGUUUGAUCCAAUUUAGGCCUGUUGACUUGCAUUAUUGUUGGGCUUGGACUUUGGUCUUUUAUUUGGACAAUUACUAUAGUAAUAAUUAAAGGUAAGAGAGUGUAUGAGUUCGUAAUUACAAUGGUAACUGUUUUUAAUGACAAUCUUAAUAAAAUUUCUUUUCCUUU